AUGGCACUACCAUCAACAAAAUCACAACAAGCAGGAGGGGCAAGAUUCAGACAAAGGAAAAUCUCAGUUAAACAGCCUUUGAUUAUCUAUAAACAAAAGGAUUUACCUGAUUUAUCUUCAAAUGAUCUUGAACCGCUGCAGAUACAUCACCUCAAUCUGUCAGGAAAUGCCGCUCAACAGAGAGAUGUGCAUGCCAUGGAAACAGGGGUGGAUAAAAAUGAAGAGGAUGAAGUUCAUUUACAACAGGUGAUCAAUGCCGCGCAGCGUGCAUUGAGAGGGUCAGAAGAAAAGAAGAAAUCUGAAAUCAACGAGGAAGGUGCUGCUGGGUCUCGAGAGGAAGAAAAGAAACCUGAUGUGUACAUUCCUACUCCUGAUGCUUCCAGGAUUUGGCCAGAAGCUUCAAAAUACUAUAAUGACUUUACAUUUGUAGCUCCGGAGACGUACAUAAAGUUCUCAGCCACAGUAGAAGACACAGUUGGAGUGGAAUAUAACAUGGACGAAGAAGACGAAGAGUUCUUAAAUAAUUUUAACAAAGAUAAAAGUUCUACCAAAGUUUGCUCAGAAGUCGAAUUUGAAAUUAUAUGUGAUAAAUUGGAGAAAACUAUAGAAGAAAGGCAACCAUUUUUAUCCAUGGAUCCUUCAAAUAUCCUAACAUAUAAAGAAUUGAGUGGGUUUAUUAUUGGAGAAUUGACGAGCACUAACAAUGGAUAUGGAAAUGGAGGUAAAUAUAUACUGACAACUGCAUUGAAAGAUAAAUUAUCUAAAGAACUCAACUACAAGCCUUUCGUUACAUUAUUUGACAAGCGGACGGAAAAUGAGGACAAACCACAACCUAAGAUUCGCACCAUAACGAAACUAUUUGACUUAUUUGGUGAAUCCAUAUAUACUCACUGGAAAGAGAGGAAAAUCUCAAGACACGGUAAGCAUAUUCAUCCAUCAUUGAAAUUCGAAGAUCCUAAUGCGAAUGAGAAGGAGAAUGAUGCAGAUCCAUAUAUUUGUUUCAGACGUCGUGAAUUCCGUCAAGCACGUAAAACGAGAAGGGCAGAUACCUUGGGAGCUGAGAGAAUCAGAUUACUUCAAAAGUCUAUUCAUAGAGCCCAGGAAUUGAUUGAAAGUGUCUGCCAGAGAGAAAUAUUAAGAUUAGAUGCAUUGGACGCUGAACAUGAGAUUUUCAAGUUGAGAAGUGAAGGUAAGAGUUUGAAGAGAACCAUCGGAAUUAAAGGAGAUGAUUACUUGUAUUAUUCACACAAGAGAAAGAAGCCUGUUGUUAAAAUUGAAGAAGAACCUGUUGGAACUGAAACUUCUACCCCUGCCUCCAAGAAGCAAAAGAAAAAUAAAGAACAAGCAAAUAGAGAUAGGAAAGAUGUUGAAGAUGCAGCUACAGCAACUUCAGUGGUGGAAGGAAUUCCAUCUGCAGCUGCAGCUGCAGCUGCAUUACAACAAGAGGCUGCUACCUCUUCUACUCAGCCAUAUGUCAAACUACCAGCCUCCAAGAUUCCAGAUAUGGACUUAGUAACAGUUUCUCUUGUGCUUAAAGAAAAAAAUGAAACAAUCAAGAGAGCUGUGCUCGAAAAGUUGCGGAAACGUAAAGAACAAGAUCGUCAUUUCAUUAAUCUUACUGAUGACCCAUACGAACCGUACUUCAAUAUUACUACCAAUGAUCAUAGUGAUAAAGUAUUGGAAUUAAAUCACAUACCUUAUUCUUCAAUUACAUCCUCCUUCUACCAUGAGAUCAACAACAGUAAUUAUAUUAGUGAAGAGUUGAAGAAACUCUUAGAGGAGAACAAAAAGGCUCUACCAGGAGUCAAAACUUUUAGAGGAUCUAAUGGUGAAUUGAUUCCAUCAAAGCCAUUUCCACAUAUUCUGAGUUUGACUAAAGAUUACAAUGGAGAGAGUGGAAGUGACUUGACGAAUGGUAGUAGCGACAAUGGAUACAUUGCCCAGUUAUUAUCGAACAUUGAAUCCAACAACUUUAAUGCAUAUAAUAAUGGAUAUGGACUGCAGGUUCAACACAGGGCUGAUGAAAGCCAAGAAAGUAAGUUGUCAGAACCAAUUUUCAGUAUGAGGAAACGUGUAGGCAGAGGCGGAAGAUUAUUUAUUGACAGAAGAGGAUUGUUUAAGAAACCAGUUGCACCUCUUAUCGAAUCAAGUCCAAGUGUUACAGUUGGAGGUGGAUUGGGAGGCGUGGUUAAUGUUUAUGAUAGUGAAGCAGAUGCUCAGAAAAGGCUUGAUUCUAGAUGGAGAUUUGAUGAUGAUUUAACCGAAUAUGAGAGGGGGAUUCAAGAACCUUUCAGUUUGGAUCCAAGUAAAUUAAACUGCAUAUCAGAAGAUACUCAAUCCAUCAGAUUCGGAUCAAUGUUACUCUCGAAGUCAUAUGAUUUGUUUAGGGAAUCAGUACACCAGAGACAACAAGUUUUGAUUCAGCAGGCAAGAGCAAGAGCUUUACAGCAACAACAAUUACUCCAGAAACAGCAACAAGCUGCCCAGGCAGCACAAAAUGCUCAACAAGCAUUACAACUUCAACAACAACAACAACAAGCACAAAAACUUCAACAACAGCAACAACAGAAUUUACUGCGUCAAAGUGGACUUCCAAUUCCUCUGCUGGCUCUGUCAUCGCAUUCACAAUCUCAAACUCAUACGCCUUCCCAUUCCCAUUCACCUGUUACCAUUCCUAAUUCAAGACAGUUAUCGCAACAAUUACCACAUGGUCAAGAUAAAAUGGGCACGUCAGCGUCCUCCCCUGGAUCAAUGGGUAACUCAACUGCAAGGCCCUCGGCUCAACAAAGGACCAACUCUAAUCCAAACCCAAAUACAAAUAUUGUUCAAGCAAACCUUCAACAACAACAACAACGAACCGGGGCUCAUUCUCCACCAGGUACUUCACAACAGAAGUAUAAACAAUCGAAUAGCACUCCCAUGUAUAAUAAUUCGUCUAGUAAAUAG